AUGAUGGCGGCGGUGGGGCGUCCCGCGUUGUUUGUGGUGGCCGUCGCGCUGUGCUGCGUGUGUGGCUGUGCAGCGACCACUGCUGAGGGCAUCGGUGACGAGGAGCAAGUGAUUGCUAACCUUAAGAAGGCAAAGGAGAAGGUGGAUGAGGCCAAGAAUGCGUUAAAUGACGCCAAGCGUAAGGUGGAAGACGUAAAGAGUGCGGCGGAUAAGUUCAAGACUGCGGCAGACACGGCGUCAAAAGAGGCUGCUGCGCUUAAUAACAAAGUGGAGGCGGAGACCAGUAUUGAGAAGAUUAAAAAUGAUGUGGUCAGCUUGGCGAAUACCGCAAUGAACACGGCUAAGGCGUCUGAUGAAUCAGUUGGUGUAAUUGUGAAGAAGGUUACGGAAGCAGUGAAAGCAACGACCGCGGCAGGAAAUUUGUUGACGGCAGCGCAGGGGAUGGCUGGCAGUGCAGCGGAUGUCACAGAUGAAGUUAUCAGCACAGAAGCAGAGCGCACCAAGGAGGCCUUCGUAAAACUAGCAGCAGUUCUGGAGGAACUCACAAACGCCCAGAGAAGUGCAGAAAAGGCAAAAACGGCUGCGACGAUGAAGGGGAAUGCUUUUAAUGCAAUGGAGAGCGCUAAGGAGGCGCAUGAUCUUUUCAAAAAGAAGGUGCCCGAAACACCGUUACCUGCAAUCAAGGAUCUACAGACAGCUGCUAAAAAAGUGGUUGACCUUACAACAGCUGCAGUGCAAGACGCGACAGCGGCUUCAAGUGCUGCCAACGAGGCAUCUGGAUACGCUGAUAAAGCCGUUAAGAGCGCCGAGUCAUGGCUGGGGGAGAUCGUCGUUUUAUUGCAGGCUCUUAAAAAACGAGAGAAGGAACCUGAGGCUUCACCUUCAGAUGCUGAUUCUCCGUCACAGGACGAGGCACAGGGCCAGAGUAUCCCACAGGAACCACUGAGCAGUACUU